CGCUUCUGAAGUCCACGGUUACAGAAAGGAAACACUCUCUCGGAAGAGAAGGGCUUCGGGUUCCUCUGAAAAGCAAGCCCGAUACCUGAAAAGGGAAAUUCCGGAACUGGAUGUAAGGAGAUAUUUUCGCGUGGAGCUUCUCGGACCCAAUUAAAUGUUGUACCCAGUCUGGUUACCCGGGUAACAAACGGCGCGGUUUGUCUGUGAACUCAGAGGUUUCAGAGGCCUAUUUCAUCAUCAGUCAUGCAGACAUCCUCAAAGGGUCUGCUCACCCAGAUUACUCAGUUCUGGAAUCUCCUAGAUGAUCUGGCUGAAAGUGACCCAGAGUGCUAUAAGAACUUCAUUCAGCAGGAGCUCAAAGAGGGAAAACAGCUCUGCACUGGCCCAGAGCCACACUUCUGUCUACAGACCAGGAUUCUGAAGCCAAAAGAAAAAAUACUUUUUAUCAAUCUGUGUCAGUGGAAAAGGAUUCCCACUCCCCAAUUAAGUAUGUAUCCAGUACCUCUAAGUGUUGGCAGACCAGAAGACAUCACUGAGACAUCAGAUGAGUACACAGUCAUCAAUGUUGCCUACAAUCCUGAGGUUCUCCAGGCAACAGAAAAGGAGCAAGUGAAAAAAGAUCAGAUAAUAAAGAUGGCUAUGAAAUGCGUUGAGGAGCAAUUCCAACUCACUCUCUCACACUCUUACCAUAUUACCAAAUUUAAAAUAAAAGGAAGCAUUCAAAGAAUGAAACAAAAUCUGAUGGGAAUGCAAGAUGAUGUCACAGAUUUAAGACAAAAAAUAAGAAAGGAACACACUCUUGAACAAUUAAGAAACAGCACUGUGAACAAUUCAGAUCACUUUCCUCAUCUCUUACUGCCAAAAGACCAAGUUUCAAGUGAAGCAAGAUGUCUGAUAGAAGAGAUUUCUACUACUGAAACCCACGUGGAGAUGAAGAUACCAAUCUAUGACUUAAAAGUUUUGAAGGAUCAGCAUGAGAAACCUCUGAAAAUUGAAUUGAAAGUCGACUUACCUGGUAUUAAUGAAGUCUCUCUCUGUGACCUUAGUGUUUCUGAGGAUGACUUACUGAUCGAGGUCUCUGAGAAGUACAGACUACAUCUGAAUCUUCCAGAAUCUGUUAAUACUGAAAUGACUACAGCAAAAUUUAUCAAAGAGAAAUCUACAUUAAUCAUCACAAUGCCACUGGAUCUUAUGUCAAUAAGAAUAUGUGGCAGACAAAAAACAAAAAAAAACAAAAAACAAAGAAAAAAAAGAAUAUGUGGCAGAAACAAAAGGUAGAAAAGGCAAUAAAAGCA